GGCAUUAAGAGAAGAGUCCCGAUGCACAGCCUGAGAUGCUUCCUCUCCAGGGUGGGUCUCUCCUCUAAACCAGGACUGCUUCCCUGGUGUGUCAGAAAACCACCAGGUUGGUCAGAGCUCUUUUCGGGCAUAGCAUGUAAGGUGAGUUUCACCCAUGAGAUAGCCAAGAAGUGUCAAAAAGGACAAAGUCAGAAGAAACCAAGCCAUCUUGUACCACCAGAUCAUUCCUGGCAGGAAAGACUGGCUGAUAUUGUGACGCCACUCUGGAAGCUGAGCUAUGAAGAACAGCUCAAGAUGAAAUUUGAAGCUCAGAAGAAGGUUUUACAAAGACUAGAGUCUUACCUCCAAAUGCUCAGUGGAGUCAGUGUGACAACAGUUGCACCCAACUCUGAGGGGUUCUUUUAUCUUCUCCAUCCUAUUAUACCCUCUCCUGUCAUCAAUGGCUACCGAAAUAAGUCCACCUUCUCUGCGAACCGAGGUCCAGAUGGCAAUCCAAAGACUGUGGCGUACUACCUUGGAACUUGGAGAGAUAGGAACAUUGUCUGUGUACAGUCUAAUCAUCUGAAAAACAUCCCCCAGAAGCACAAACAAGUAGCACAGUGCUAUGAAGUAUUCCUUCGACAGUCUCCAGUGGAGCCCUGCCUUCAGUUUCAUGAAGGUGGACACUGUUGUGUGCUCAUAGUUCACACCAAUAGCCAAGGGCACACAAUGGCUAUCAUCACUUUCCAUCCCCAGAAAUUAAGUCAGGAGGAGCUCUGUGUUCAGAAGGAGACUAUAAAGGAAUUUUUCACCAAAGGCCCUGGAGCAGUCUGUGACUUGACUUCACUGUACUUCCAGGAAAGCACCAUGACCCAUUGCAGUCUUCAGCAGGCCCCUUACCAGCUCCUGUUUGGGGAACCCCACAUCUUUGAAGAUCUCCUAGGCUUGAAGUUCCGCAUCUCUCGAGAUGCCUUUUUCCAGAUUAACACUGCUGGUGCAGAGCUGCUGUAUUGAACUGUGACGGAGCUGAGUGGAGUCAACCCUAACACCAUCCUCCUUGACAUCUGCUAUGGAACUGGUGCGAUUGGCCUUUCUGUGGCUCAGAAUACAUCCCAAGUCAUCGGGAUUGAGUUGGUGGAGCAGGUGGUAGAGGAUGCCAGGUGGACUGCAGCCUUCAAUGGUGUAUACAGCUCACAGCAUCACCAACGUGAAUUUCACACUGGUCGAGCAGAGAAGAUUUUGCCAUGGCUGCUAAAGUUUAGAGAAGAUGGACCAUUAAUUGUUGCUGUGGUGAACCUAGCCCGUGCUGGACUGCAUAAGGAUGAAUAGCUAGCUGGGUAUCACCUGUUGGUUCAGGCCAUUCGAAACUGCAGGGCCAUCUGCACCCUAGUUUUUGUUUCCUGCAAGCCUUAUGGUAAAGCCACAAGGAACAUCAUUGAGCUGAGCUGUCCUACGAACGCUCCUAAGAAGCUCCUAGGCGAGCCUUUUGUCCUGAGACAAGCUGUACCUGUGGAUUUGUUUCCACACACCCCACACUGCAAGCUGGUGCUCCUCUUCACUCAAUAA